GUCAGAAAUUAUAUUUGGGAACGCAACAUUAGCAAGCAAGAUGGCGCUCUCGCUGUCAGCACACAGACAUCUCCCGCUCUGUGCUCGCGCUAUUAGUGCAACACCAAUGAGAAGCUGGUAUUACUUUUAGGCGAAUGCGUGAUUGAUUCAUAGUUGAGCCAUUGUUGUUGAUAUCAUCAUCAAAGGACAUCGAAUUCGGACGAGUUAAUCUAUAUAUGGGAUGAUACACUGGACCUGUCCGCGGUUUGCUGCAGCAGCAGAGACCACAGGGAAUAGCAUCAAUUUAAAUACUGUGCGGUAUCCCAUAACCGCACUCACUGUGGCGGUGGCACUUUGCAGCGACAAUCUCUACACAUUCUCCACAAUUUGAUGGCAAUAGGAAAACGGUAAAUUGCACUGGAGAGGCUGAUUCAUUCUGUCAACAUCUGCUUCUAAAUCCGAUUGUUAUUUUAUGCCUGGCAAAAUAUGGAGGAGCGCUUUGAAACGCAAAGAACGGGUUUGAAUGGGCAAAAAUGCAGCUUUUCUCUCUACCAUUUCUUUGAUUAGAAGCUACCUGCAAUAGUGUCUCUGCAACACCAGUAACUCCCCCAUGGCGAGGAAGAUGUUGGCGAUUCUGCUGAUGGUCAUCAUGUCUUCAUCAUUCUUCGUCCCCGGGUUUGCCCUCAGUUCCCAUUUCAAUUUAGAUGGUGCUCCUCUGAGUGGGCUGUCGUGGCCGUCGUCUCUGGCGGUGGUGGCUGUUUCCUUGUCUGGUCUCUUCACCUUUGUCUUCCUCAUGCUGGCCUGCCUCUGCUGCAAGAAGGGACACAUCGGCUUUAAGGAGUUUGAGAAUGCCGAGGGGGAGGAGUACCAGGCGGACCUGUCCACCCUGGCAUCCCCUGCAUCCCAGAGCGGACCUGAUGUUUACAUCCUGCCCCUGACUGAAGUGUCACUCCCCAUGGCCAAACAACCAGGACGAUCAGUCCAACUCCUGAAGUCCACAGAACUCGGUCGCCACAGUCUUCUCUACUUGAAGGAGAUCGGCGAUGGCUGGUUUGGAAAGGUUCUCCUGGGGGAGGUGAAUGCUGGUCUCAGCACCACCCAGGUGGUGGUUAAGGAGCUGAAGGCCAGUGCCAGUGUUCAGGACCAGAUGCACUUCCUGGAGGAGGCCCAGCCAUACCGUGCCCUCCAGCACCCAGCCCUCCUGCAGUGCCUGGUGCAGUGCACUGAUGUCACCCCCUACCUGCUGGUCAUGGAGUUCUGCCCUUUGGGUGAUGUGAAAGGGUACAUGCGGAGCUGUCGGGCUGCAGACACAAUGACCCCUGAACCCCUGAUACUGCAGAGGAUGGCCUGUGAGAUUGCCUCAGGACUCCUGCACCUACACAAACACAACUUCAUACACAGUGACCUUGCCCUGAGAAACUGCCUGCUGACCGCUGAUGUUACAGUGAAGAUUGGAGACUACGGCCUGUCACACAAUAAGUACAAAGAUGACUACUUUGUGACGUCAGACCAGAUGUACGUGCCACUGCGUUGGAUCGCUCCAGAACUCAUAGAUGAAGUCCAUGGCAACCUACUGGUGGUAGGCCAGAGCAAACAGAGCAACGUCUGGUCUCUGGGCGUGACUAUCUGGGAGUUGUUUGAGUUGGGCAACCAGCCGUACAGACACUAUUCUGACAGACAGGUCCUGACCUACGCUGUGAGGGAACAGCAGCUCCGACUGCCCAAGCCCCUGCUCAAUAUACCCCUGGCAGAGCGCUGGUAUGAGGUGAUGCAGUUCUGCUGGCUCCAACCAGACCAGAGGCCCAAUGCAGAGGAGGUCCACCUGUUACUCAGCUACCUGUGUGCCAAGGGGGCCAACGAGGCCGAGGAGGACUUUGAGAGGCGCUGGAACUCCCUGCGUCCCAACCCCAACGCUGGCCCCAACAACAGCCUCCACCAUGGGGCAGGAGCCCUGGCCAUUGACCUCCCCUCCUCCUCCUUCCCCCUGCUGGAGCAGUUCUCUGGAUGCGACGGCUACCACAGCGAGUCAGGAGAUGAUAUACUGACCGUGACCGAGACCAGCCACGGCCUGAACUUCGAGUACAAGUGGGAGAAGGCUCAGGCGGGGGCGGAGCAGCCAUACCACCGUGCUGCCUUGUCCUCCGGCGGUACCCUGGGGGCCGUCAACUACCACCGCCAGGACAUGUACUACCCCCCUGGGCCAGGGGGCAUGGUGGGGGGCUGUGGUGGGGUGGCCUACUACGAGCCCAAGAUGCUGCAUGGUUCUGGGGUCGGGGUGGUGCCGGUGCUCAGCGCCUGUAGUCCUUCGGUGAGCUCUGAGUACUACGUCCGCAUGGAGGAGCCUGGUGUGGACUGUCACAUCAACAUGGACCUGGACUACACCAUGUGCUCCUACAGCCCAGACUACCAGGGCAGCAACGGGAGCUUCCUGACAGGCAGUGGCAGUGCAGACUCAGGGGAUUGUAUUAUGGGGAUGGGUACAUGUCCCUCCCAGGCCCACUCCAAGCCUGUGGACUCCUACUGGUCGGCAGACAUCUGUAAAGCUGGGGGUGGUGGAGCGUAUGACUCGGACCCAGAUGGAAGCCCGGCCAUCUCCCUGACCAUGGAACCCCUGCUGGGGCAAGUCUCUGACUCCAGCCCCCUGAGACCCUGGGAGGCUGGUCAUUACGUCUCCUACAAGGACCGGGAUGGGGGGUUCUACUACGAACACUCACCCCCUAUGGGCAUAGGCCACCACAUGGGUCUGGGUCUGGACCAUCACCAGCACUACCUGAUGGGGCGGGAACACUCUCCCCCUGAGCCCCACCAGGAGAGCUGGGGGUCCCGGAGCCUGCGUCAGGCCCUGGGGGAACUGGAAAACCCUCUGGGGAUAUCUCCCUCCAUCAGUACCCCUCCCCAGGGUGGUGGUCCUCCUUUUGGGGUAGGGGACCCCUACCUGGAGACGACCGAGGGACCAGGCUCCAUCAUUGGGGGGAGUAGCGUCACUGGGGGUUACUAUGACAUGAUGGGUUCUCUGAGGAAAACCAUGCCGACCAUGCCAGGCCACACCCACUCAGUCAGCAUCACCAUGGCGUCGGAAGACUCGGACGAGGAAGAGGAUAUAUUCUCAGAGAGGCAGAGAAUCAACAGUAGUAACACCUGGCCCUCUAAUCUCUCUAACCACUGCACUAACAACAACAGUCUAGGCCUGGGCCGGAGUAGACAGGCUGGCUGUAGGCAACAACAGGAUGCCUAUGUAGACUUCCUCUACACUAUGCCCACUACCGACAUAGAGGACUCGUGGCCUGAGGAGCACAACCUGACCUUCCGCUCCUCUGUCUCUGCUGUAGUUAAACCCAUAGACUACCUGGAGGAUACGGCAGCUUCGGCUAAAGACAGCAGCUGUCUAUCCCUGGGGAAGCAUCAUACCCUGAUACCCGACGACAACGCCUACGACGCCUACAUCUAUCUGUGCCAUGAGAGGGAGGGGGAGAGGGAGGUGAAGCCACCACCAAUCGAGUGCUGCCACUCUCAUUUCGUCGACCCCCUCACAGGCCUAGUGGUGCGAAACUACACCUGUGAUGGCUACAGAGAUCAGAUUGUAGAGAUGCUCAACAACGAGGAAGAGAGUGUGAAUCUGUCCCCAGCACCGGGAGGGCCUAGUGUAUCUAAAUCAACCCUGAUACACAACACUAACACAACCACAACCGUAACCAACCUUGACGACCCUGAGCAGUAUGUUGACAUCACUAUGGACGAUACCCUUUCCAUAGACCACAAGCAAGAGGUUGUCACAGAAAACAAAGGGGUUCUCACUGAUCCUAAACCAGAGGACAUGACUAUGGAUAUGGCUGCCCCACUUCCCUCAGUGAAUGUGCCUGGCCUAGUCUGCUUGGUUGAGCCAGAGUCAGAGCUGAGCCAUACGUUAGACAGCGGCCUGGACAGAGACCACUGCUCCAGCAUCAGUCUAGUGGACAUCUCCGACUGCUAUACCGACGACGAUGAUGAAGACGAUGACAUUACUGACGUGACUUCAGGGAUCUUUGCUGACGAGGCGUCGGCUGGGGACCUUAACGCCUCCCCCUCCUUGGCCCGUCCCCUCAAGUCCCUGCAGAAGCAGGUGGGAACACCCGAUUCCAUGACUUCCAUGGACUCCAUGGACCUGAUGCCUUUAGCGGCUGGCUCCACCACAGAGCCAUUCAGCCCUGCCUCCAGCUCCUCCCACCCAUCUAGUUCGUCCCCCAAGGCAAUGGAUAGCGGGUACGACACAGAGAAUAACGAGAGCCCAGAGUUCGUCCUCAAGGAGCCCCACAAUGAGCCCCGGGACCCAAAGACAUUCACCCAGCCACUUGGGGAGUCUGUCCUGGACACCAGCCUGGAUGAAGAGGGGGAGGAGGGGGGAGAGGAGGCCGAGGUGGCCCCACCGGAGGAUGAGGAUGAACCUACCCUGGAUGAAGAUGUGACACUAGCAGCCUCACAGACCACAGACAACGAGAAGGAGCUAGCCCCCCUCAGUGAGAAGAACCCUUACAGGGACUCUGCCUACUUCUCUGACUAUGAGAACGAGCGCCUUUCCAGGGAUGAUGAGGAUGAGAAAGUGGGGGAUGAUGAAAAUGUAGGAGUGGAGGAGAGAGAAGAGGAGGAGAGCCUGACAAAGAAGAGGGAUCUCAGCACUCUUCAUAUAGAGGAAGAGGAGGAGGGAGAAGAGGAGGAGAGCCUGACAAAGAAGAGGGAACUCAGCCCUCUUCGUAUAGUGGAAGAGGAGGGAGAGGGGGAGGUGAGCCUGACAGAGAAGAGGGAACUCAGCCCUCUUCAUAUAGAGGAAGAGGAGGAGGGAGAGGGGGAGGUGAGUCUGACAGAGAAGGGGGAACUCAGCCCUCUUCAUAUGGAGGAAGAGGAGGAGAGCCUGACAGAGAAGAGGGAACUCAGCCCCCUUCAUAUAGAGGAAGAAGAGGAGAGCCUGACAGAGAAGAGGGAACACAGCCCUCUUCAUAUAGAGGAAGAGCUGGAAGGAAAUGAGACCUCAGCUCUUCUGGAGGAGAGUGAAGACCCAGAGAUGAAGGGUUGCCUGACAGAAGAGUGCACCCAUGAUGAAGGGCUGGAGCUGGGGCUAGAAUUGGCCUCCAAUAUCUCUGGAGAAGUAGAGGAAGGGUCAGAGGGAUGGCUUGCCCAGGAGGAGCCCUCUUCCCUGGGAGACUGGGCAGCAGAGGUGGUGGGGGCUAUGGAAGAAGCCCUGGGGGAACUCCAGAGGAGCAGCAGUACUGAAACCAACUCUGGUACCAAGGAGGAGGAGGAAGAGGAAGGAGAGCGAAGAGACGUGGAGGACUCAUCUGAAGCCUUAGAAUUAGCAGAUGUCCUAGAAGAAGCAUCUAGCGAAAGGUCAGAGAGCAUCGACAAGGAAGACGAUGAUGAAGAGAACGGACCUCCCUCACGACGUCAACGCUUCUCCUCCUCCUCCCCUCCCUCCAUUCCUCCUCCUCCUCUCCCCCCGAUGACUCCCCCUCCGGUCCGGGUGUCGCUCACAGACGGGGGGGAGGCGGAUGAGGAGGACGGAGAUGGUGACUCGGAUGACAGUGAGUCAGAUGAGGAGCUGAGGAGUUACAGUGUUCAAGAGGAGCAGAGUGGAGGGGAGGAGAGCGAGGAGGAGAACCAUGCGGUACCCAUCGUGGUCAGCGACUGUAGCGAUGCUCAUAACCUACGUAGUCUACUGAAGGUGCCCACCACGCUCACCUCCGAGUCGCUUGCUGAAGACCUGCUGGAACGAAAGAAGAAGGUGGUGUCCUUCUUUGAUGAUGUCACUGUUUACCUGUUUGACCAGCAGAGCCCGACUAAAGAGCUGGCUGAGCAUGGUUUCCCUCCAGAGCCUGAGACCAGCGGACAGGGUUCAGAGGGCAAACAACCAACCUCUGAUGACUCCUCAGAUGGAAACAUCUCAGAAGAGAGUGCAGGGUAUGAGUGGGAGGAUGACUUCCCCUUGUUGCCCCUCCCGACUUCCAUAUCCAAGAUGGCUGCCUCCUCCUCAGCCUCAACCCCCUCCACACACAGCCUGCCCUCCACAUCCAAGGCCCCGGAGCCCAAACCAGCGGUGCAGUACUCCCGCUUCACCGUUUCCCCUAGCCAUGUGUCUCGCUUCUCCAUCACACACGUCUCUGACUCCGACAUAGACUCUGGUCCAGGGAGCAGUGAGGAUGGGGACAGAGAGUAGAACAGAACCACAGCCACCCAGGAGCUGCACCACAUAAACUUAGCGUGACUUUUAUGUAGAGCUUUUUGGACAUCAGGUUUCUGAAAAGACAGUGCCUCUUAUUGUUUAUGGUGUGGGAGAAGAGGGGAAAGAGAAUCAACUCUUAUGAGAAUAUAGAAAAUAAUAUAUGAUAAUACAGUUGAAGUUGGAAGUUUACAUACACCUUAGCCAAAUACAUUUAAACUCAGCUUUUCACAAUUCCUGACAUUUAAUCCUAGUAAAAAUUCCCUGUCUUAGGUCAGUUAGGAUCACCACUUUAUUUUAAGAAUGUGAAAUGUCAGAACAAUACUAGAGAGAAUGAUUUAUUUUAGCUUUUAUUUAUUUCAGCACAUUCCCAGUGGGUCAGAAGUUUACAUACACUCAAUUAGUAUUUGGUAGCAUUGCCUUUAAAUUGUUUAACUUGGGUCAAACGUUUCGGGUAGCCUUCCACAAGCUUCCCACAAUAAGUUGGGUGGAUUUUGGCCCAUUCCUCCUGGCAGAGCUGGUGUAACUAAGUCAGGUUUGAAGGCCUCCUUGCUCGCACAUGCUUUUUCAGUUCUGCCCACAAAUGUUCUAUAGGAUUGAGGUCAGGGCUUUGUGAUAACCAUUCCAAUAUCUUGAAUUUGUUGUCCUUAAGCCAUUUUGCCACAACUUUGGAAGUAUGCUUGGGUUCAUUGUCCAUUUGGAAGACCCAUUUGCGACCAAGGUUUAAUUUCCUGACUGAUGUCUUGAGAUGUUGCUUCAAUAUAUCCACAUCAUUUUCCUCCUCAUGAUGUCAUCUAUUUAGUGAAGUGCACCAGUCCCUCCUGCAGCAAAGCACCCCCACAACAUGAUUCUGCCACCCCCGUGCUUCACGGUUGGGAUGGUGUUCUUCGGCUUGCAAGAAAGUGGUUCCGUUCAUCACAAAGCCCUGACCUCAACUGAAAAAGCGUGUGUGAGCAAGGAGGCCUACUAACCUGUCUGUUACACCAGCUCUGUCAGGAGGAAUGAGACAAAAUUCACCCAACUUUUUGUGGGAAGCUUGUGGAAGGCUACCUGAAACGUUUGACCCAGGUUAAACAAUUUAAGGCAAUGCUACCAAAUACUAAUUGAGUGUAUGUAAACUUCUGACCCACUGGGAAUGUGAUGAUAGAAAUUAAAGCUGAAAUAAAUCAUUCUCUCUACUAUUUGUAACGGCAGUCCUCCUCCUCCUCUUCAUCUUUGGAAGAGGAGGAGUAUUGAGGGAACCAAGGUGCAGCGUAAAGAACAGACAUAUUUUAUUAACGACCGUGGAGGAGUACUGGCUCUCUUGAGCAUUGAGCCUGCCCAACCUUACCUGGUUGAAUGCUCCCGGUUGCCCGACCAGUGCGGGGAGGUGGAAUAACCCGCACAGGCCUAUGUAGGCGAACCGGGGAAACCAUGCGUAAGGCAGGUGCCAUGUAUGCCGGCCCGAGGAGACGCACUGGAGACCAGACGCGUUGAGCCGGCCUCAUGACACCUGGCUCAAUACCCAAUCUAGCCCUACCAGUGCGGGGAGGUGGAAUAACCCGCACUGGGCUAUGCACUCAUACAGGAGACACCGUGCGCUCUACUGCGUAACACGGCGCCUGCCCGUACUCCUGCUCUCCACGGUAAGCCUGGGAAGUGGGCGCAGGUCUCCUACCUGCCCUUGGCCCACUACCUCUUAGCCCCCCCCCCCAAUAAAUUUUUGGGUGUUACUCGGGCUUUUUGGGCUUCUGUGCAAGACGCGUCCCCUCAUAACUCCGGUUCCUCUCUCUCUUUUCCUCCACUCUCCGAGCUGCCUCCAGCUGUUCCCAUGGAUGGUGAUUCACUUUAGCCCAUGGUCCUUCUCCGUUAAAUAUUUGCUCCCAACUCCAUAAGUCCUGUAUACUUCCCCGUUGCUCCAAAUUACGCUGCUUGGUUCUGGAUUCUUGGUGGGUGAUUCUGUAACAGCAGUCCUCCUCCUCUUCAUCUUCGGAAGAGGAGGAGUAUUGAGGGAACCAAGGCGCAGCGUAAAGAACAGACAUAUUUUAUUAACGAAACACGAACUUGAUUAACUAACAAAAACAACAAACGGUAUAGACAGACCUAGACGAUGUACUUACAUAAAACAAGAAAAACGCACGAAUAGGAACAUAGGCUACACAAACCGAACAAACCGUAAACAGUCCCUUAUGGUGCAAACAAUUACACAGACACGGAAGACAAUCACCCACAACGAACACUGUGACAACGCCUACCUAAAUAUGACUCUUAAUUAGAGGAACGCCAAACACCUGCCUCUAAUUAAGAGCCAUACCAGGCAACCCAAAACCAACACAGAAACAGAAAACAUAGAAUGCCCACCCAACCUCACGUCCUGACCAACUAACACACAUAACAAACUAACAGAAAUAGGUCAGGAACGUGACACUAUUAUUCUUAUUUUUCACAUUCUUAAAAUAUAGUGGUGAUACUAACUGACCUAAAACAGGGAAUUCUUACGAGGAUUUAAUGUCGGGAAUUGUGAAAAAACUUAGUUUAAAUGUAUUUGGCUAAGGUGUAUGUAAACUUCCGACUUCAAUUGUAAAUACACAGAGUAAUAUACGUUACAAAGAACUUAUAUGCAGGUCAAGACUUUUAUGUUGCGUUCAACAUAUUUUUUGAGCGACAACACAAAUCUAAGGACGAACUUUGGGAAACAUGGGUAUCAAAACAGAACACACCAUGUACCCCACUCAGAGGAGGAGGGAGUGAAGAAAUGGAGGAAAGGACAGAAUCCAGGCUUUUCACUGAAGGAUCGGUGUUGGAAAGUGACCAACAACAUAUCUUUGAGACAUUGCUUCACCCGUUCUCUUCAAAUAUAAAUGAAAUAGCACAUGUAAUAUAAUAAUGUUACAUGUUUCCAAACACUUUUACAUCCAUUGAAGAGAAUAAUGGGACACCUAAGUGUAUGUGAAGGAAUGGAGCUAUUGAACAAGGCAGAAAGUUGUUGCCUUGAAAUGACUGUGUAUUAGCAGAGAUGAUCAAUGCUGCAUUUAGUGACUCCAGAGUUUUCUAUCAGGAGUAGGACCACCACUGUAUUGUACUGUAUGUAUCACCCUUAUGAUUUCCACCAAUCAGAAUUCCAGAGUCACUAUUCCUCUCCCUCUGUCUGUGUGGGUCACUAUUCCCCUCCCUCUGAAUGCCUGGGGUGUAAUCAUUAGUGCACACCGUAGCAAACAGUUGCAUAACGUUUCGCGAAGGAAAACAAAUUCAGGUAUGUUCUUCCCCUGUUGGUUCCGUUUGCUUCCGUUUUGGUUCUAGUGAAUCCACCUCUGCUUUUACAUACAUCCCUGGACCUAAGCUAUUGUUCAAAUCCAUCAAGUCAGUUUUGAGGCAAUAUCAUUCAGAUGACUUUUAAUAAAUGCUGUACUUCUUUUUGGGGAUUUUGGAUCCACGUGCUUUGCAGCAGAUAGUGUGGGUAAAUCACAGCAUAUGUUGGCUUCUGUGUUGAGCUUCACGUCAUGCUGUGUAAUAGGUCUCCUUGUCUUGAGGUGGAGAUUCUUUGUUAAAUGAUCAAAGAACGUGUACAUUUCCGAUUCUGAAAGGCGUACUGCAGUAUAAGAAUAGCAAGCUUACAAAUACACAGAUAAACUUACAGAUACAGUAGCAUAUCAUUUUUAUAGAAAACUUUUGAUGAAAUUAUCACUUUUAAGAAAUAUGAUACCUAAAAAUGAAACUUAAAGAAUGGAAGAACAAACAAAUGAUUUUCAAGUGGCUCAAGUGGCUUCGGUAACAUGUUGAAGAUUAAAUAAUCCAAUGACUAUUGGAAGAGCACAGAACUGAGUACUUGUUCAGUGUUAACAUAUUGUUUAUGUUCAGCUGUGUGGUGGUCAAGGGUUUGUCGUUGUGUAAUGUUUCACGAUUGUGUUCAUGAUUUUAACAAUGGAAAGUGCAUUUAGAAUUUAUGGACCUUUAACUUUGCUAUGUACAGUAUGUGAAAAUGUAUGUACUAUAGAAAGGAAGACGGGUGGUUGUGGGUGUAACAUAGAACGCAUUCCAUACAGUCAGGCUGGUAAGAUAAUGCAGUAUUACAUCAGUAGCACUGUAGCAUGGUCGCAGGUAUGUUUGUGCAGUCUUGCCUACCUCAAUCACCAUAGUUUGGCAAGACAGUACAAACAGAUCUGGGACCAGGCUAAUAUCACUGUAGGCUUUAGCUUCAAAGAACCAGGGUGCCAAUUCAGUUCAACACAUAGAUUUAGAAUGACAUACAGUAGGUUCUAUUUCUAUGGUUCACAGAUCCACUCUAGUCUCCAUGCAGUCAGUGUGUUCUGUUUGUUUGCCUUUCUAGAGCUUUAAUAUUGUUCACUAGUAUAGUGUCUAUAGAUCUAUCUAAACCGCCGUCUGUGUAUGUACUAUUUUUAUAUCUCAAAAAAAGAAAGAACAUUUUAAGAAUAUCAAGAAAUGACCUGGAAGUGGCAGAUAAAAGGAGAUGUCUUUGUUUUAUUGUUGCCAAAGAGAUCUAUUUAAUGAAGUCAUGAGGCAAACAGGAACAGGAAUAUAUAUUUGAUCUAUAAUGUUUAAACACUACAGAUGUAGGAUCUUAAUUUGAGACAGUUUGCUACAGCAGGAAAAUAAUCCUGCAGCAACAGGAAAUGUGAAUUUUGUGGGUUAUAAUUCAUGGACAUUUUUGUAGGGCUUGAUACAAUUUUCAAAGUGGAAAUUACAAACUUCCAAAGGCUUUUUAAACAUCAAAUACUCUACAAUUUUGAAACGUCCUGCAUUGUAGGAAAGUUCUCCUGCAACAGGGUGAUCAAAUUAAGAUCCUACAUCUGUAUAGCGAGACGAUAGCCUGGGUACCAGUCUGUUUGUGUCAUCAAUGCUCUCCUUGUAAUGAUGACACAAACCGACUGGUACCCAGGCUAGUGAGACGAAGGGGGUAUUGUGAUAAGGAGCAACAUUUGGUAAUGUGCAGGUUGUGAUUUAAACGAGCAGGACUAGUUUAGGGAUGCUGUCAGUAAAUGUGUCCCAGCCACACUCACUUACUGGUCACAUGGUUACUUUCUGUACCUUAUUAUGAAAUAAAAAUAAAGUCUGUUUUACACAUGGA